UUCCAUGAAACUCAAGACAAACCCCCCCUAGUCUUACCCCACGUACCCAAAUCAACAUCCCACAGCCAUGAAGGUGAGAAAAGAGAGCUCAAGAAUUCUUAAGCCAAUUUAUGAGGGCACACCACCCCCAACCAAUGGUUACAUUCCCUUAAGUGUGUUCGACAAGGUCACUUACGAUACCCAUAUCGCAGUUAUCUAUGCCUAUCGUCCUCCAACCCCUCCAAACACAACCUUGGAGCUAGGGCUUCAGAAGGCACUAUCGGUCUAUAGGGAGUGGGCAGGAAGGUUGGGCAAGAAUGACAAGGGUGAUUCUGUCAUUCUUCUCAACGAUGAAGGCGUUAGGUUUGUUGAGGCAUCGGUUGAUAGCACUCUUGCUGAAAGCAUGCCAUUCAAGCCUUCAUCAACUUUACUUGCCCUUCACCCUAGCUUGAAGGGUGUAGCAGAGUUGGUGCAGGUUCAGUUGACGAAGUUCACUUGUGGCUCAUUGGCGGUAGGCUUCACCGGCCACCACCUUGUGGCGGAUGGGCAUGCCACAAGCAAUUUCUUGGUUGCUUGGGGCCAAGUUUGUCGCGGACUUGAGAUUAGUUCUCUCCCCUUGCAUGACCGCACCAUUUUCUCCCCAAGAGAUCUUCCUAGUUUCGAGUUUGAGCACGAAGGAGUUGAGUUCAUGAGCAAGAAACUCAAGAAGGAUUAUCCUCUUGUUGAUAAUCUUGUGGACGACAUCGUGGUGCAUAAAGUUCAUUUUACGUUGGAAUUUCUUGCCAAGCUCAAGGCCAAGGCUUCUUCGAUGAAUGGUACCGACAAGCCCUAUAGCACUUUUGAGAGCUUGGUUGCUCAUCUUUGGAGGGCCAUAACCAAAGCUCGCUCACUCAACAACUUUGAGACUACCAAUGUGAGAAUUUCAGUUAAUGGUCGCACCCGCUUGAACCCUAGAGUACCCAAUGAAUACUUUGGGAACUUGGUGCUUUGGGCGUUGCCAAGUGCUAAGGUGAAGGACCUUUUGCGCGAGCCAUUGCCCUACGCGGCCAAGCUCAUCCACGAUGCAGUCGCAGAGGUGAACAACAACUACUUCAAAUCAUUUAUCGACUUUGCAAACUACAAGGUGGAAGAAGAAGACCUCAUUCCCACUGCAGACGUGGACGAGUCUAUUCUGUGCCCUAACUUGGAGGUUCAUAGUUGGCUUCGCUUUCCCUUCUAUGACCUAGAUUUUGGAGGAGGGUGCCCUUACAUUUUCAUGCCAUCAUACUUCCCAACAGAAGGCUUGAUGUUUCUUUUGCCAUCCUUCAUAGGUGAUGGAAGCAUUGAUGCUUUCAUACCUCUAUUCCAAGACAACCUGGCUUCCUUCAAACAAAUUUGCUACUCCCAAGACAACCUGGAAUCAUUGAUGCUUUCAUAUCUGUGACCUCCCACUUAAUUUCUACCACAAUAUUUGUCAACCUGCAUUCUUAUUUCUUCCCCCCCUUGAUUUCUAUCACAAUAUUGUCAGCCUGUAUGCUUAGUUCCCCCUUCAUGCUAAUCCUCUUCGUGAUCGUAUGAGGGAUUUUUUUUUUUUGUUGCUAUUAUUAUUAUUAUUAUUAUUAUUAUUAUUAUUAUCAUUAAUUUUAAUUUUAAUUUUUCUUUUGUUGGGGGUUUAUUUGCUCUUGGUAAGGAGCAACAACUCAAAAUUAGUUAUUAUGUAAUAUGGUAGAGCAUUUUAUUAUA